AUGUCCGCGGCGGCAGCCGCAGGCGAUUCUGCUGCUGCUGCUGCCUCACAGGGGCCCCUAGGCGGCGCUGCACAAAAUCCUCUGGCCAUUUGCGCCCCCCUUUCAGAGUUUUUGGAGGAGAAGCCCGCAGGAGGGGCCCCAGGCAGCAGAUCGCAGCAGCAGCAGCAGCAGCCGCAGCAGCAGCAGCAGCAGCAGCCGCAGCAGCAGCAGCAGCAGCAGCAGCAGUAG